AGAUUUCCGUGCCUUUUCCCUGCAAUGGAGUACGGUCGCAUUACUCCCCAGGAUUCAACCAAACCACAAACAAAACGCGCAAUUCAUUUUAAUCGUAGAUAAAGCUCUUGUUUUUCCUGCCCAGCGAUGACGGAAGUGCCGCUCAAGAAGCGCAACGCCUGCGUCAUCGUGCUGGGCGACAUUGGACGCAGUCCGCGCAUGCAGUACCAUGCCCAGAGUCUUCUGGAGGAGAACUACCACGUGGACAUGAUUGGAUACCUGGAGACGAGGCCUCUGGAGGAACUGACACAACAUCCCCGCUGCCGAAUCCAUGAGCUCACUGCCGUCCCGGUGACGAACCUAACGCCCAAACUGCGCCUGCUCUUCAAGGCCUUUUGGCAGACGCUCAGUCUCCUGAUGGCUCUUAUCUCGAUUGGCCGUCCCAGCUUCCUGCUCGUCCAGAAUCCGCCCGGGAUUCCCACGCUAAUUGUGUGCUACCUGUACUGCGCGGUCACCCGAACCAAACUGGCCAUCGAUUGGCACAACUACACGUACACAGUGCUGGCUCUAGGAAUGUCCAAGGGAGAGCAGAGUCCUCUAAUUCGACUGGUUAGACGACUGGAGCGAUACUUUGGCUCCAAGGCGCACACACACUUUUGUGUGACGCGGGCCAUGCAGGAGGAUCUGCAGCAAAACUGGGGCAUUGGGCCUGUUAAAGUUCUUUAUGAUCGUGCGCCCGCGCAAUUCCAUUCCAUCGACCUGACCCAAAAGCACGAGCUGUACCUCAAGCUGGGCAAGGACUACCCACAGUUCCAGGCCAAGGACUCCGAACAAUCCGAUGUUCUGGAGGCCACCGCUCUUACCCAGAAGCUGGCCAGCGGUAUUGUGCAGUACAGACCCCAUCGACAAGCUGUGCUGGUUUCAAGCACUAGUUGGACGCCGGAUGAGGACUUCGGGAUACUCCUUAAGGCUUUGCAAGCUUACGAGGAAACUGCGCAAGCUGAGCCGUUGGUUUAUCCUUCCCUGUUGUGCAUCAUCACUGGAAAGGGCCCACAAAAGGAGCACUAUGUGGUGGAGAUCGACAAGUUGCAAUGGCAGAAGGUGUCGGUGAUCACGCCCUGGCUGGAGAUCGAGGAUUAUCCCACUGUUCUGGCCAGCGCCGACCUGGGAGUGUGCCUGCACUGGAGCACCAGUGGGCUGGACCUGCCUAUGAAAGUGGUCGAUAUGUUUGGCAGCGGGCUGCCUGUCUGUGCCUACGAUUUCAAGUGCCUGGAUGAGCUGGUGAAGCACGGCGAGAAUGGCUUCGUAUUUGGGGACCAUGUUCAGCUGGCCGAGCAGCUGAGGAUCUGGUUCGAGAAUUUUCCAAAGAAUCCAAGCAUCCUGGAGACCAGAGCUGGUUUUCAGCGCAAAAUUCAGGAAUUCCAGGAGCUGCGAUGGCGGGAGAGCUGGCGCCUCAUCGCGGCACCCGUGCUGGAGGCAAUCCUGUAGAGCAUUUUAAAUAGAUUUGACAAUUACACGUUAAAAGAGACACUCUUUGAUUUGCUAAUCGCUUUUCCUAGGUUAGCUACUAACAAUUAUAUGUACACAAGAGCUUACAACUUGAUUAUGCAGAUUAUACACGAUGCAUUGAA